UUCAAGAGCAUGUAGUUUGUGUCAGUAUGCGUACCGUGACGCACGUGCAUUAGUGUUCUUCGUUACAUUUAUAAAAAAAAAAAUACGGCAUUUUAAAAAGUUACGUUGACCAAAGACACUUUUUAUUUUAUCUGUGGAAGCACAGGUUGAAGAUCAUUAAAGAUAGAACCUGCGGUGUGGAGGUGCACUAAAACUUUCGUCAUGGGUAAAGUAGUAACAUCAGAAGUUUUACGAUUCAUGACUGACUGUUUCAAGUCUGUCGGAGCAAAUGCUAAGGCGGCUGAACAGCAAGCAGAGUUGUUACUCCGAGCCGACCGGAUGGGGCAUCCUAGCCAUGGACUAAACCGACUUGAAUUAUAUAUAAAUGAUAUAAUCAAAGGAGCCUGUCAACCCAAUAAUCAGCCUAAGGUGCUAAAGCAGAGUGCGUCAACUGCCUGGGUGGACGCAAACAAUGUACUCGGAGCCACCGCCAGCCAUUUCGGCAUGGACUUGGCUAUCAAGAAGGCGCGAGAUACAGGAGUCGGCUGGGUCACAGUUAAAGGUUCUAAUCACAACGGGAUGGCGGGAUUUUGGGCACAAAAAGCAUCAGAUCAGGGAUUUAUUGGUAUGGCAUUCACAAACACGUCACCUCUAAUGGCGCCAACCAGGAGUAAAAAGCAAGCACUGGGCACUAACCCAUUGUCCGUGGUGGCGCCAGCAUCGCAAGGUGAAUCAUUCUACCUGGACAUGGCUACCACCGCUGUCGCUGUUGGAAAGAUUGAAAUGCAGCUGCGGAAAGGAGAACCACUGCCCCACGGCUGGGCACAAGGGCCUGAUGGUAAAGAAACCACAGACGCGCGGCUGGCGUUUGACACAUGCUGUUUAAUGCCGCUCGGUGGUGGAGAGAAGACAUCGGGCUACAAGGGAUUUGGGCUAGCCGCUAUGGUUGAAUUGUUCUGUGGAAUAUCUUCUGGUUCUAACUACGGUCACCACGUACGAUCGUGGUCCCACAGCGGGGCGGGUGGUCCCGCCAAUUUAGGCCACUGUUUCGUCGCAAUAGACCCUGAGAAUUUUGCUCCUGGGUUUAAAGAUCGACUUACUGAAAGUAUACAACACUGGAGACAGUUGGAACCAACUGAUCCCAAAUUACCAGUCCAGGCUCCAGGAGAUAAAGAGAAAGCAUUAGCGAGACAGUCAGACGCGAGAGGAACAGUGUCGUAUGUGAAGCAACAAAUAGAGUCCAGCGCAGCUCUCGCCAAACGACUCCAAGUUAAACCUAUGGACGUCGUGUUAGAUGACUAGCUUUGAUCAUUUAGAUACAAACUGAUUUAGUAGAUUUAUGUAGAACAACAAAUUCACCAGUCUACUUAACGCAUUGUUAGGUAAAUUCCUUUUUAAUAAUUAUUGAUUUUGAGCCAAGCAGCAUGACUAUGUCAAAAACUCUAAGAAAACAUUAUUUGAUCCUUUGAACUGCAGGUACUGUCCAUAAUCAAUGUUUUACGGUCUUCACCAUACUUGCUGAUCGGAACAAUAUUCUGUUAAUUUUAAGUUGCCAUAAUUAUAAUGCCUUAAUUCUCCGGUAACAGAUAACCUUAGAUAAGAUAGAACCUUAGGAGAGAAACAUUUUAUUUAUCGUUUUGAGAUACCAGCUUGAGAUAACGUGGGAGUUACGUAGUAAAGACACAAACUUCUUGGUCAAAUUCUCAGUGAACACAUUUUUUAACCCUGCACGCGCUAUCGAUAUGGGAUGGCAGGAUACCAGUGAUAUCCUCACAUAUAAAGCAGGUCGAUUAGCCCACCGUGACGAAUUCAACAAUAAAUUAGCUAUGAUAGUUUCAAGGGAAACCGCGUGCAAGUUGACCUCAUAGGGUAUAUUGAUAGCAAUGGGGACUAACCUCCCUAUUACUAACGAUCCCUUCGCCCCCAGUGAACACAUUUGAGCUUUAAAUUUAGCAUUGUUCAGGAUUUUAGAUGAUAAGAGUGAAAACACCAAAUGCUUUAUUUCCUGGAUUUCGAUACUAAGACAUUCCAGGUUGACGUAAUUAAUAAUUAUGUAAAUAUAAUGAAUAAUGCGUACGAACUAUUAUACUCGAUUUAACAGUAAUUAUUUGACCAAGGUAUGUUUUAUGUAAAGCGUGAUAUUAUAUUUAAGAGAUAUUUUGUUGUAAAUGUUUUUUAUAUUCGAGUAUAUCGUUACUCGCUGUAUGGUCCCAGCAUAGAACGGGCCAUCUCUUCCUUUUGCGUGAGUGUUUUAAAAGGCGACUAAGAGAACUUAAUAGUCGAUGGACAAUAGAGUCCCUCUGAAAUCAUUGAGUGUGAAAGCGGUUGCCAACCCGCCAGCUAAACAUGGCAACUAGAAGAAGAAAAAAAUAUUGAUUUGGUGCAUAAUAAUAAUAACAAUUACAAACUAAAACAUAAACAAUUAUAAAUUUAAAGAAAAAAGGAAAUACAAAAUAAGUUUACACCUACAAUCAGAAAUUAUGCGACCAAAAUGGUAACUACUCAGCUACUAGGUACUGUACUAGGUACCUUUUAUGGGAGAGGCCUGUGUACAGCAGUGGACUGUUAACGGCUGAUAAGAUGAUAUCGUUACACAAUAAAAUAAAAAAAAAAUACUUGUCAUAAUCUUUUAUUUUUUUAUAUUUAGAAAAUAUAUAUUUUAAGUAAUA